AUGACGCGCAGUGAUGGGAUGCCCCCACCAUCGGAUGCAGAUUCUCUAGCCGACGACUCUACUCACCUAUUCCCCUCAUCUCAUAUCGAGAUCAAGUCUGGUGUUUCAUCGAGGGUGUCCGCAUCGAAUCUCUUCCGAUCGGUGCUGCUGCUUCGUGAACGGCGAACAUCUCAGCCACCGACCAUCAUGGUCCGACAUCGUUGGAUCGCGGUAUUUGGGAGGGAGUCGCCGCUACUGGGCUUCCAGAAACGGUGCAAGGCUGAGCGCAUGGAGCCACACACGCGACCCAUGAUUGGAGAGAAUUUCCAGUCCUUUGGCGCGGUUGGAAAUCCGACGGAACCUGCCCAACGCGAGCCUCGGAAUUUAAGCAUCCAACCUUACCCCCCCGUCAGCAGCAGCCUGACAUACAUGAUGUAUGAAGCCCUCUUCCUAUCUGGCUCGAUCAUCCCCGAGCCGGACUCCUUUCCGUGGUUUCGCGUAACGGGCGACUCCACGGACCAUCCCGUCUUUACCAGUGGUUCCGACCUCCGCGGACCCAUCUUGUAA